CACAGCCACUUCUGUGCAGAGUCCUAUCAGGGUGUUCUUACUCACAGUGGUCCUGUGGAUUUCCUUCAUCAUAGCUGAUCCUGUGCAGAGACCUAUCAGGGAUACCUUCAGCACAGCCACUUCUGUGCAGAGUCCUAUCAGGGUUUCUUUUAUCACAGCUGAUCCUGCGCAGAGACCUAUCAGGGUUUCCUUCAUUGUAACAGAUCCUGCGCAGAGACCUAUCAGGGUUUUCUUCAUCACAGCUGAUCCUGCGCAGAGACCGAUGUUUCAGCACAUUUUGAAGAAAAACAUAAUAAAAAUCCUAAGGGUCUAAAAGCAUGGGGAACAGCACAAUGUGAAUUACAGUGGAGGGGAGGAGAUAUAAUAAAACCAAUAUCACAGAAGAAAACCAAAUGUAUUUAUUAAACACAUCAACCCCCAAUGUUUUAAAUGUAGAAUUAGACCUGAAUUGUUUUAUAUAAGCGUCACAUUUAACUGCUGAUAUCAUGUGAUGUCAGUCACUACGUGUGGGGUGUAACCUUUUAAAACCUCUGGGGGAGGAACAGCCCUAUAUGCAUAACCACAUGAUUUUUAUUCUGUAAGUACACAAACUACAUCAGAUCUCACCCAGAGGUGCGCAUGUUUGUUUUUCGAUUCUGUGCAAUAAAUUCCCAGACUCCAUGAAGCGAAGGAACAGCCACAGAGUCUGCGACUAAACCAACUCGGAGGAAGAAAGAGGGACGCUCGCGCACCUAACAGCCGACUGCCUUGGCUACAAUCCAGAUUACUGGCAACAUCUAACAGCGCCACCCUGACUGGUCUGCAGAUCACAUUAGACAUUAUGGAUUCAAAAUGGCGUCGGAAAGAUUGGGUUAAGAUCCGCGGUGUCCCAAUGAUCUGCGCUUGUUCUUCAAACUGGGAGAGGAUUGAUAAAUUCCAGGCCAGAGAAAAUGACAUUGUUAUCGCCACCUACCCCAAAUCAGGUACAACAUGGAUGAGCGAGAUUGUGGAUGCCGUCCUGAAUGACGGGGACACAGAGAAGAGCCGGAGAGAUAACAUCCUUAACAAGGUUCCAAUGCUGGAGUUCUGGGUGCCCGGUGCAAUACCCCCAGGAUCUGAGGUUUUGGACUCUCUACCUUCUCCUAGAGUGGCGAUAACCCAUCUACCAGUCUCACUCUUUCCCAAGUCAUUUUGGGAAAAAAACUGUAAGAUUAUCUAUGUAGCGAGGAAUCCUAAAGACGUGGUCGUGUCAUUUUAUUAUUUCGAUAAGAUGAACCAACUACAUCCGGAGCCGGGGACCUGGGAGGAAUACUUGGAGAAGUUCAUUCAAGGAAACAUGGGAUUUGGGCCAUGGGGAGCUCACGUCAAAGAGUUUUGGGCCUUAAGACAAGAAAGAAACAUCCUUUAUAUGUUCUAUGAAGAUAUGUUGGAGGACCCAAAGAGGGAGAUCCGGAAAGUAAUAACAUUUCUGGGGAAAGAUCUUUCAGACGAUGUCCUAGAGAAGAUUUGUCUACAAACCUCCUUCAAGGCCAUGAAAGAGAACCCAACAACAAACUACACCGAUAUCCCAUCUACUAUUAUGGACCAAACUGUCUCUCCGUUUAUGAGGAAAGGAAUCUGCGGAGACUGGAAAAAUCACUUCACUGUGUCCCAGAGCGAGAGAUUCGAUGAGUAUUAUCAGAAAGAAAUGUCCAGCACUGAUCUAUCCUUCCGCUUCCUGGUGUGAAUGAGUUCAAGGACACAACCUAGUCUGACAACGGGUCUACAGAAACCUUUGGACAGUCUUGGUAUUCUCAAGCUGUAAUGGUGUACUCCGACCAUUUUUGAGGAGUAUUUUUACCCGAGGAGGAGUAUGAAAUUUGCAGUAAUUCAAAUACAUAAUAUAUCUGCCUACACUUGUU